AUGGCGUCCUUACAGGCGCUGUGGGGUCCGAUGGCCCGGCGGCUCCUUCGAGUCGCCGUGGAUAAAACCACAGACGUGGUUCGGACCAAAUUCGUCGUCAUGACGCGGCCCUUGCAAUCCCAGCUUACACAGAGAACCGCUAGAGUUGCACGUCAACCAAUUCACCCCAUCGCUGCUCUCCGACAGCAGAAGCGCAAUCCCAGAUGGUUCUCGAGUUCCGCUGCUCAGAAUUUCAACCGAGUUAUUAGGAGAUUCGUUAGCUCCGAGCCCAAGGCUGCCCGGUUCGAUCGAUUCAAGUUCUCGACCUCCAACACUUCACGACGUGUUGCACAGUUCUCUGGCCGAGCUCCCUUUGCCAACGCUCUCCGUCCCAACUUGACCGGUGGUGCUUUUCCUCGAAGUGCUGGCGGAUACAGCCUCGGAGGUAGUGCUCGGUACUUCUCGCACGGCCCCGCAGCUCCGGCUCAGGUUGUGCAGAACGUCUCCCAAGCCAUGAGAGCCUUCUUCCUCUCUGGCCAAAAGCUUCGUUAUGAUGGUGUCGGACCUCGAGGCGAUCCGCAGUACCGUGCGGUGUCACCGGUUGAAGAUAAGGCGAUGCACAAGCUCUCCGCCUUCUCCAACUCCGCUCCCGGUUCUUACGUCGAUUUCCACCUCAGCCCUACUGUCACGGCUCUUAGCCCCCUUGCUGCAGCUAUUCCCUUUGCCUCCGAGACUUCCGGUUUCAAGGCUGAGGCCGCCGCUGCUGGUGCUUCCCUCAACACCGAGGGCUUCCUUGAUGUUCUGUCCUCCGACUUUAGCCGAGCAUUACGGGACCUCGAAGUAAUUAACGCCGACCUCCGCAGACUCGCAGUUUUAGGUGACCUUCCAGUUUUACUAGAGAAGCACAACAUUCUCCGAGUACGGUUCCCGGGUGUCGAUGCUGAAACCAUUGAGCGGCUUUGCGACGAUAUUGGGGUUCAGCGCGGCGUGGUAGGCCAAGAUAUCGAGUUUGACGAUUCAGUUGGUAAAUCAGUUGCCUUGAGGUUUCCAUUUGCUCCGGACAGCGGAAAGUUGGCCUUCUCACCAAGUGAAUCACGACGAACACUAGAAGGCUAUGAGACUGACGAGAUUUCGACACUGGGUGAAGACUAUUUCGUUCAAGAAGCAUUCCUCGACGAGAUGGAUGACAACUCAUGGUUGGCUGAAACUGAAGGGUAUGAGACGAUGUCACCCCAGACUAGCUCUGAGGCUGGACGGUCGGAAGACUAUGAAGGCCUUGAGGGAAUCUACCGAUUUCUGGAAGAAUGUGAUCAGGCCAAGGGAAGAGUCGGCUGA